UGCCGAAGAGUCAAGCCCCCACUGCCACAAUUUCGUCAACCCUUUUCAUCGAACCCUAUAAAAGCCUCCUCCUCGUUCGCUUUGACCCUCUUUCUUCUGAUAAACCAGUAUUCCAAUGGCGGAUCAUUCUUGUGCUAAAUCCUCCGCCAUGAUCUCCACUGAUGAAGCUCUCCGAAUUGUGCUAGAAGUCGCUCGACGCCUACCCCCCGUCGCCGUCUCUCUCAACGAUGCUCUUGGGAAGGUCUUGGCCCAAGAUAUUCGUGCUCCUGACCCUUUGCCCCCCUAUCCAGCCUCCAUUAAGGAUGGUUAUGCAGUGGUUGCUUCAGAUGGGCCUGGGGAGUAUCCGGUGAUUACAGAAUCUAGAGCUGGAAAUGAUGGGGCUGGUGUGACGGUUACUCCGGGAACUGUUGCUUAUGUAACCACUGGAGGGCCAAUACCUGAGGGUGCUGAUGCGGUGGUUCAAGUUGAGGAUACUGAGCGAAUUGAAUCCAAGCGUGUAAAAAUAAUGGUGAAAACGAGGAAGGGUGCAGAUAUUCGCCCAGUGCUCAUGACACUGCCUUCCCAGGGAUGUGAUAUCGAGAAGGAUGCUCUUGUUUUAAAAGCUGGAGAUAAAAUAGGUGCCUCGGAAAUUGGCUUGCUUGCUACUGUGGGUGUCAUGACAGUGAAGGUAUAUCCUACGCCAGUUGUUGGUGUUCUAUCUACUGGAGAUGAACUUGUAGAGCUACAUACUGAGUGUCUAGGUCGUGGGCAGAUUAGGGAUUCAAACCGUGCUAUGUUACUUGCUGCUGCUGUCCAACACCAAUGCAAAGUUAUCGACCUUGGUAUUGCUAGAGAUGAUGAAUGCGAGCUUGAGAAGAUCUUGGAAGAUGCCUUUUCUGCUGGAGUUAACAUCCUUCUAACUUCUGGUGGUGUUUCAAUGGGAGAUAGGGAUUAUGUCAAGCCGUUACUUGCUAAGAAAGGAGUUGUAUAUUUUAAUGCGGUCUUCAUGAAACCGGGGAAACCUCUGACUUUUGCAGAGAUCAAACCAGAUGCAACAGAAAAUAAGGAAUUGAAUCAGAUUCUUGCAUUUGGGUUGCCUGGAAAUCCUGUGAGCUCUUUAGUUUGUUUCCAACUAUUUGUAGUCCCUGCCAUCCGCCACCUUGGGGGAUGGGCAAAUCCUCAUCUUCUGAGAGUUCAGGUUCGUCUUUCAGAGCCGAUAAAGUCAGAUCCUAUUCGACCACAGUUUCAUGGUGCAAUUGUCAAAUGGAAAGACAAUGAUGGGUCAGGAAACCCUGGUUUCUCUGCAGAGGGUACUGGUCAACAGAUGAGUAGCAGACUUUUGAAUUUGAAAUCUGCCAAUGCUUUGUUGGAGUUGCCACCAACGGGAAGUAUAAUAGCUCCUGGCACUUCUGUAUCAGCUAUCAUUAUUUCUGAUAUAAGCAGUAUUGCUGGUCGUGCCAACUCUUUUUCAUCUGACUUGAUAGUUUCCUUAAAAAGUAAUAUAUCGAAAGAAAUUACAACCACUCAAGCUCAAGAUAUCAGGUUUAAAGUAGCUAUUCUUACUGUGAGUGAUACUGUUGCAUCUGGGGCUAAUCCUGAUCGAAGUGGACCAAGGGCUGUUUCUAUUGUCCAAGCCUCAUCAGAAAAACUAGGAGGAGCUGAAAUUGUUGCAACAGCUUCUGUCUCAGAUGAUGUCAGUAGAAUCCAGGAUGUUCUUGUGAGAUGGUGUGACAUUGAUAAAGUAGAUCUCAUUCUCACACUGGGUGGAACUGGAUUUUCCCCGAGAGACGUGACGCCCGAAGCAACCAAACCGUUAUUGCACAAAGAGACCCCUGGUCUACUAUAUGUCAUGAUGCAAGAGAGCCUUAAGGUAACACCAUUUGCCGUGCUCUCACGUUCUGCAGCUGGGAUUAGAGGAUCAACCUUGAUUAUCAACAUGCCCGGGAAUCCCAAUGCGGUAGCGGAGUGCAUGGAGGCCUUGUUGCCAAGCCUUAAACAUGCACUGAAGCAGAUAAAAGGGGACAAGAGAGAGAAGCAUCCUCGUCAUGUUCCUCAUGCAGAAGCAGCACCUACAAACAUUUGGGAGCAGAGUUAUAAGCUGGCUUCUGAAGGAUUAAAAGAAACUGGGUGUUCCUGUUCUCAUUAAAAGACAAUGAGAAUGUUUCAGCAAAAAUCACUGAAACUUGGCAAGUUUUGUUCAAUGUUCUACCAUUGCUUUUUAACUGUACAUCUCAACCCUCAGAUUAGGAGCCUUUUGUGACUAAUUGCUGCUGCUGAGUGUACUGUCUAAACAGACAAGGCUAUGUCUAUACUCUCAUAUGGCAUGUCGUAUAUUAUCAUUAUCAUUAGAUCUAGUUUCAAAUU